GUGUCCUUAAGGAUAGGGGGUUACUUUUAAGGAUUGUAAAGAGCAAAUAUCGUUGGUCCUGUGUCAGAUGUUUGGAAGCAAGCCUCCAGGGAGAGCUUGCAGAUAACGGUAUUAUAGAACCGCUGGUCCUGUGUCAAGCAAGCCUCCAGGAAGAGCUGCAGAUAAUGGUAUCAUAG